AUGGACUCCUCCCAGCAAAGUAUUGCUGCCGACGACGAAACCAAGUGUCGACUGGAGGAAGCUCGUGAUGGAGAGAACGGCUUGCAUGAAGGGGAGAACGGCCAGGCUGAAGAGUUCCACGACGCGGAGGAGCAAAACGGACACCAUAAACAAGAGCACGAUAGCCACGACAACAAUCAUCACCACCACCAUCACCACCAUCACCUCCGGUUACCGUUUCACCACCAUCAGCACACGCCCGAAGAGGAGGCAGCUAAGGUGGAAGAGCUCCGCGCGGCCAUCGGGCCCGUCGACGGCGCAAUCGCGCUCUUCUGCACGGACGCGUGUCUGCGCCGCUACCUGCGCGCGCGCAGCUGGCACGUGAAGAAGGCGGAGAAGAUGCUCCUCGAGACCAUAGCGUGGCGCCGCGCUUACACACCGGAACGGAUCCGCUGGGCUGACGUGGCGAAAGAGUCGGAGACGGGCAAGGUGUACCGCGCGCCUUUCACGGACAAACUCGGGCGACCCGUACUCGUCCUGUGCCCUGGCAAACAGAACACGGACGACCACGAGGGCAACAUCCGGCAGAUGGUGUACUGCAUGGAGAACGCGGUGCAGAGCCUGCCAGAGGGCGUGGAGCAGAUGGUGUGGAUCAUCGACUACAAGGGCUUCACGCUGCGCAAGUCCCCGCCCAUGAAGACGUCCCGCGAGGUGCUGCACAUCCUGCAGAACCACUACCCCGAGCGGCUUGGAGCGGCCAUUCUCUUUGACCCGCCGUACAUCUUUCAAGGGCUCUGGAAGGUGAUUCGCCCGUUCAUUGACCCAGUGACCUUUCAGAAAAUCAAGUUUGUGUACCGAAAGAGUGCGCCGUCCCUUAAAGUAAUGGAGGAGCUUUUUGACACCUCACUGCUUGACCCUGCACUGGGAGGGAAAGGGGAUGCCUAUGUGUAUGACCAUGUGGCAUACUCCUCUCGCAUGGAGGCUGAUGAUGAGCGGACGGCCAAAUUGUGGGAGCUUGAUGGGAUUAAUGGGGCUGCCAGUGGUUCAGAAACCGCUGCAGCCUUGGCACAACGUAACCGCAUUCCUGUGUGCGAGAAUCGUCGCCAGAAUUCGUGCAACCCUGGUUUCUCCUCUCUUUUGGCACUUGGCUGUUUGGCUCUCUCUCGCCUCACCCUCGUUCCCCCAACAGCACUUUCGCAUCUUCAGAGUAGUCGGAACAUCAUGGCGGCUGCUCCUCUUCGGAAGCCUGUUUUUACGAAGAUCGACCAGCUACGGCCAGGGACAACUGGUCACAACCUAACAGUCAAGGUUGUGAAUUCUAAAAUUGUCCUCCAAAGGCCCAGGCAAGAGGGGACCCAGAUGCGGAGUAUGCGGAUAGCUGAAUGCAUUGUAGGAGACGAGACGGGGGUGAUUGUCUUCACCGCACGGAAUGAGCAAGUGGACGUUCUUAAGGAGGGCGCAACAGUAAAUCUCCGCAACGCAAAGAUUGACAUGUUUCGUGGCUCCAUGCGCCUUGCCGUGGACAAGUGGGGUCUUGUGGAGCCCACAGAAGACGCAUCCUUUAAGCCUAAGGAGGACAAUAACCUCUCUCUUGUUGAAUACGAGCUGGUCAACGUUGUUGAUGAAUAG